AGUGUGGUUGGCUCCGUCGCGCACGUGACUGAACCCCGGCGCUUUUUUUGGCCCUGGGCUCUUCCCGUCGUUGCUAUGGUGACGCAAGUGCUCCCGCCUCCUCGGCCUGCGCGUUUCUAAUCCUAGGCCUUGAGGAGAAGGAGUCGAAGAGGCGUCGGGGAUGGAAGGCGGCAGCGCGGGAGAGGCCAUCCCGGCUUCCGUCACCGCCGUAGCCGCCGCCACCACGGCAAACGUGUUCUCUCUGGCGGGGCUGGGCGCGGCCUUGCGGCCCGAGGCCUCGGAGCCCGCCUCGCUGGGCUUUAUCCAGCUGCCCUGGCAGCACGGGCCGCGCCUGGGGGGGAAGGCGCUCAGCCGACGCCGCAGGGCCGCCAGGCUGCACCGCAAAGCGGGCCCCACCGGGAAGGAGAGCCACGCUCUGAAAAGGUUAAGAGAAGCUGCCAAUUCUAAUGAUUUGGAAACAGUACAGCAGCUCUUGGAAGAUGGGGCAGACCCCUGUGCAGCUGACGACAAAGGUCGAACGGCACUGCACUUUGGUUCCUGCAAUGGAAAUGAUCUUAUCGUGCAGUUGCUCUUGGACCAUGGAGCUGAUCCCAACCAGCGAGAUACACUGGGGAACACACCCCUGCAUUUGGCUGCCUGCACGAACCAUGUUCCUGUCAUCACUACUUUGCUCCGGGGAGGAGCUCGAGUAGAUGCCUUGGAUCGAGCUGGAAGGACCCCUUUGCAUUUGGCCAAGUCUAAGCUGAACAUCUUGCAGGAGGGACUCUCGCAGAAUCUGGAAGCAGUGCGUCUCGAAGUAAAGCAGAUCAUUCAGAUGUUGCGGGAAUACCUCAACCGCCUUGGGCGCCAUGAACAGAGGGAACAGCUGGAUGACCUUUGUACAAGGCUACAGAUGACCAGUACAAAAGAGCAGGUGGAUGAGGUUACUGAUCUCCUUGCCAGUUUUACCUCACUCAGUUUGCAGAAGCAGAAGAUAGAGAAGAGGUAAUGUUUUUCCCCGAAUGGUUCUCUCAAUCGAAAGGAAAAUCUGCAGGGUGAUGAAGAUCAGCCGAGGCUCAUCUGCAAGACUGCAGGCCUGCUGUUGCUGCCUCUGCAAGUGUGGUUUUCCUCCAAGGACUAUACCAAAAUGCCUGAGACUGUUGGGCCACUAUCACUGCCUCAUACUUUUUGAGGGGCAAGAGAGGAGAGGAUCUGGCCUUGACCACAAUGACUUCCUUUUCCUUGUUUGUUUUUGCUAUGCAUCUGGACUUCUCUUACUAUUGUCUACAGGGGAGCAGCUGGAUUUUAAGAACAGCAUCAUGUCUCACAUGUGGCCAUUCCGAUGUGAGCACAUGGGGAAAGCGAUACCUGUAGGGAACAUUGCUACACGUGGUUUAUCUGCCUUUAAUCCCCCAAUGUUUAAGCACAAUAAUUGUUGAGUAUUUUUAGAAUCUCUAUACUCCUGAAUUUUUAACAAGGGGUAUAUUUUAACCUGAGAACGGUUUGAAGGGUCCAGCUACCCAGACUAGCUCUACCCAUGCUAUGAUACAAAGGAGUGCAUUUGUCGCUAUCCUUUCCUUGCACCUCAGCAUCAAAAGUUUUGAAUUUCUUCACUUCUGCAUUCCAUACUCAAAUUAAACAUGAGCCAACAAUGUGAUGCAGGAGCUAAAAAAGCCAAUGGGAUUUUGGCCUGCAUAAAUAGGAGUAUAGUGUCUAGAUCCAGGGAAGCCAUGCUACCCCUCUGUUCUGCCUUGGUCAGACCACAUCUGGAAUACUGUGUCCAGUUCUGGUCACCACAAUUUAAGGUUGGUGUUGACAAGCUGGAAUGUGUCCAGAGGAGAGUGACUAAAAUAAUCAAGGAUCUGGAAAACAAGCACUAUGACAAGUGGCUUAAAGAGCUGGGCAUGUUUACCCUGCAGAAGAGAAGGCUGAGAGGAGACAUGAUGACCAUGUAUAAAUAUGAGGGGAAGUCAUAGGGAGGAGGGAACAAGCUUGUUUUCUGCUGGCCUGGAGACUAGGACAUGGAACAGUGGCUUCAAACUACAGGAAAGGAGAUUCCACCUGAACAUGAGGAAGAACUUCCUAACUGUGAGAGCUGUUCAGCAAUUGAACUUUCUACCCCAGAAUGUGGUGGAGGCUCCAUUUUUGGAGGCUUUUAAAAAGAUAUUGGGUGGCCAUCUGUCAGGAGUGCUUUGAAGGCAUAUUUCCUUCUUCUUGGCAGGGGGUUGGACUGGAUGGCCCACAAGGUCUCCUCCAACUCUAUGAUUUUAUAAUCUGUUCACUUCCACUGCGUUUUGUCUUGUGUGUGUGUGUGUCAGGAAAGGACUCCCUAAAGCCUCUCUUGCUGCUCAUUCAAAGUGCUGGGAAAGAAAGUUAAAGAUCUGACUAUAUACUGCCUAGAAGAAAGUAGCUACUUGAUUAUAAAGGGCCCAGUGAGCAUCUUGUCAGGGGAUACUGGACCCAAUCCACUACUUGUAGCACACAGUCUCCCUGCCAGUUAUUAUAAUGUAUCUACUCCAGAAAACAGAUGGAAGCAAAUAUAACUUGUUAUUGCUCGGGUUUGUUUUAUAUCCCACUUUCCUACCUCCAAGGACCAGAAAGAGCUCCAGAGAAGGAGAGUCCACCACUUUUUUAAGUGGCCCAUUCAACUAUACCUCAUACUACCAUGAUUGCUGGCUUUGAUUUGAGAGUGGGCCUUGGAUCUGUGUCUCAUUUGUCAUGGAACCUUAUUUAUGUCACAGAUAGAAAGAAAACUUUCCACCUUAUUUCAGAUGCUAAAAUAUUUCAUGGCUUUUGCACACUGUGAGAGAUCAAGGACUCCUCUUAUGCAAAGGUGUGGAUGCCAGAUACAUGCUGACCCAUUACACUGAAAGCCUACAACGAUCUCCUUACCUCGUGUUUUGACUUCAGCCAACUCACAAUCAUGAAAAGAAUCGGGUUGGCAUGUAUUUAUCAAAUGCUUUCUUGGGAUUGUAUCAUUGUAUCAUUGAAAUAUCAAGGUUAUUUUGGGACCUUGAGACUAGUAAGUUAUUGUGACUUCUUUAAAAGUAUGCUGUUUUUGUGACAAAGAGUAUAACUGGAUUCAUAUCAUGGAUUUGACAAGCCAAGUGGCUUUGAUAGAGGAAGAUUUCAAAUACUCAUUGAAAGGAAGUUUGCGACCAAGUUGGCUGAUCUUUGCCUUAGCUGUCAUUGUGAAUGCCAAGAACUUUAUUCCAGCCUGCAAGCUGGGCAGGAGGCAACAUUCACUUUGCAAUUGUAAAUUUCAAUAAAAUGCUCUUUGCUUCCUGUGAA